CAAAGAGCAGAGGAAUGCACUUGGAAGUUUUGAGCUUCAGCUGUGAGCUGAGAGCCCGGCGUUAUCUUACUCUUAAGACAAGACAGGCCUAGAUAAAGCUACUGGGCAAACGAAAACAUGCCCCAUUUUACUGUGGUACCAGUGGACAAUAACUCACUCUCCAACUAUGACAGUCUGGAGGGAAUUAACUGUGUGGAUUACAGAGACACGGGGCAAGAUGGGUAUUCUGGUCAUGGAGACACAGUCAGCUCAGAUGGUCAUGGCAACCACAAAGAAGAUGUUCCCUUCCUCAGUAAUACAGAUUCAGCAGCAAAGAGGAAUGACUUCUAUGACAGGAACUUGGCAUUAUUUGAGGAGGAACUUGACAUCCGGCCCAAGGUCUCUUCCCUUCUCAGUCGCCUCGUGAACUAUACGAACAUUACUCAAGGGGCAAAGGAGCAUGAAGAGGCAGAAAGUGCUGAUGCUUCAAAGAGGAAAAUGCCAAAGUCUCCAAACAUGGGAACACUCAUGGGAGUUUACCUGCCGUGUCUGCAGAAUAUAUUUGGCGUUAUCCUUUUCCUCCGUCUCACCUGGAUUGUCGGUACAGCCGGAGUCGUGCAGUCUUUCCUCAUCGUCUUUAUGUGCUGCUCUUGUACGAUGCUCACAGCAAUAUCAAUGAGUGCCAUAGCUACCAAUGGUGUUGUUCCAGCUGGUGGAGCAUACUUUAUGAUCUCACGUUCGCUGGGGCCUGAGUUUGGGGGAGCAGUGGGGCUUUGUUUCUACUUGGGAACAACCUUCGCUGCUGCCAUGUACAUCUUGGGUGCCAUAGAAAUAUUUCUUAAAUAUCUGGUGCCACAAGCAGCCAUAUUUCAUGUCACUGAUGCCCAUGCAGAUAACAGUGUCAUGCUGAACAACAUGCGAGUUUAUGGCACCAUCUGCCUUAGUCUCAUGGCUGUCGUGGUGUUUGUAGGAGUAAAAUACGUAAACAAGUUUGCUUCACUUUUCCUUACCUGUGUCAUCAUUUCCAUUGUUUCCAUCUAUGCUGGGGCAGUGAAAUCCAUCUUCCAGCCACCGGAGUUCCCGAUUUGUAUGCUUGGGAACAGGACACUAGCACGUGACCUUUUCAAUGAAUGUGCAAAGACGGUACUUGAAGGGAAUGAGACAGUACCCAGUAAGCUGUGGAGGAAUUUCUGUAGUUCAGAGAAUGGCAGCAGUUUUCACUGCGAUGAGUAUUUUGCCCAGAAUAAUGUGACUGAAAUCCAGGGAAUUCCUGGACUAGCCAGUGGAAUUAUCAGAGAGAACAUGUGGGGAGAUUACAUGGAUAAAGGUCAGAUUCUGGAGAAGCCUGGUCUGCCCUCUGAAGAUAUCCAUGGUUCUAUGGAGUCUUUCAGAUAUUAUGUGUCUGCAGAUAUUGCUACAUGUUUCACCCUCCUUGUGGGAAUAUUUUUUCCCUCAGCCACAGGCAUUAUGGCUGGAUCGAACAGAUCAGGAGAUUUGAGGGAUGCUCAGAAGUCUAUUCCUGUAGGGACAAUAUUAGCCAUCAGCACCACCUCACUUGUCUAUUUCAGUUCAGUUGUCUUGUUCGGGGCCUGUAUUGAAGGAGUGGUUCUCAGAGAUAAAUUUGGAGAUGCAGUUAGUAAAAACCUGGUAGUUGGUACACUCUCCUGGCCCUCGCCAUGGGUCAUUGUGAUUGGAUCAUUUUUCUCCACGGUUGGUGCCGGAUUGCAAUCUCUAACCGGAGCGCCCCGUCUCCUGCAAGCCAUUGCUAAAGAUAACAUCAUCCCUUUCCUCAGAGUGUUUGGACACGGUAAAGCCAAUGGGGAGCCUACUUGGGCCCUGCUGCUCACUGCACUCAUAGCAGAGCUGGGCAUUUUAAUCGCAUCUUUGGAUAUGGUGGCUCCUAUUCUCUCUAUGUUUUUCUUGAUGUGUUACCUAUUUGUAAAUUUGGCUUGUGCUGUACAAACUCUCUUGAGAACCCCAAAUUGGAGGCCACGUUUCAAAUAUUAUCACUGGGCGCUGUCAUUCCUAGGGAUGAGUAUGUGUCUGGCUUUAAUGUUCAUAUCGUCCUGGUAUUAUGCCAUCGUAGCCAUGUGCAUUGCUGGCAUGAUCUACAAAUACAUUGAAUACCAAGGAGCUGAAAAGGAAUGGGGAGAUGGGAUCCGAGGUCUGUCACUUAGUGCUGCUCGAUACGCUCUGCUUCGUUUGGAAGCCGGACCACCUCACACCAAAAACUGGAGACCACAGUUGCUUGUGCUGCUGAAGUUGGAUGAAGAUUUGCAUGUCAAAUAUCCCAGAAUGCUAACCUUUGCUUCACAACUAAAAGCGGGAAAAGGCCUGACGAUAGUGGGAUCAGUAAUCCAGGGAAACUUCCUGGACAGCUAUGGAGAAGCUCAGGCCUCAGAACAGACCAUAAAAAACAUGAUGGAAAUAGAGAAAGUAAAGGGGUUCUGCCAGGUGGUGAUUGCCUCAAAAGUGCGCGAAGGAAUUGCCCAUCUUAUUCAGUCAUGUGGGUUGGGUGGGAUGAAGCACAACACAGUAGUUAUGGGAUGGCCGUAUGGAUGGAGACAAAGCGAGGAUCCUCGAGCAUGGAAAACAUUUAUUAACACGGUUCGGUGUACCACAGCUGCCCACCUGGCACUGAUGGUGCCAAAGAAUGUGUCAUUCUACCCCAGCAACUAUGAGCGCUUCACUGACGGACACAUCGAUGUGUGGUGGAUAGUUCAUGACGGAGGAAUGCUAAUGCUGCUACCCUUCCUUCUCAAACAGCACAAGGUAUGGCGUAAGUGUAAGAUGCGUAUUUUCACUGUGGCCCAGAUGGAUGAUAACAGUAUUCAAAUGAAAAAGGAUCUGGCAACCUUCCUAUACCAGCUCAGAUUAGAGGCAGAAGUGGAGGUGGUAGAAAUGCAUGAUAGUGACAUCUCUGCAUACACCUAUGAGAGGACACUAAUGAUGGAGCAGAGGUCGCAGAUGCUGAGGCAGAUGAGACUGUCCACUGCUGAGAGGAACAGAGAGGCCCAGUUAGUGAAGGACAGACACUCAUUGGUGCGAAUGGGCAGUUUGUACUCUGAUGAAGAAGAGGAAACUCUAGAUAUAGUGCCUGAGAAGAUCCAAAUGACGUGGACCAAAGAUAAGUUGGACACAGAGAGACGAAACCGCAACAACGCUCCAGAGAACUUCAGAGAACUCAUUAGUCUAAAACCAGAUCAGUCUAAUGUGAGACGGAUGCACACAGCAGUUAAGCUAAAUGAAGUCAUUGUGAACAAGUCCCAUGAUGCCAGACUGGUGUUGCUCAACAUGCCUGGGCCUCCUCGCAAUCCUGAUGGUGACGAGAACUAUAUGGAGUUCCUGGAGGUGUUGACAGAAGGUCUUGAGAGAGUGCUGCUUGUGAGGGGUGGAGGCCGUGAGGUCAUCACCAUCUACUCAUAAUUAACUGUAUUGCUAGAUUUGCCACAAAAAGGCUAAAUGGGAGAUAAAACAAAUGUUUUCUGAACAUUAAAUUAGACAUAAAACAUCGAUAUUGGGUGAGAUACAUUUAUGCCACUCAGAAUUUAAUUUGUAAUUUAUUCAAAAUAAAUGCACACAUCUGGUAGUCAUUCGCUGGCUGCAGCCUCACAAGUGUACACAGAGAGAGAGAGAGACAAACACACAGACAGACUGUCAUCAUAAUGAUGUGGGUUAAAGGUUGCUUUUUGGGACACAGUGUGAGGUGAGUUUAUGUACUGUACAUUAGUCCUGAGUUACAUUACACUUUAAUCAUUUAACUGACUAAUAACACAUCAAAACCUUCUCCGUCUUUUCAUUUCUCAACAUCUGGGGAUGUGGUAGCUUAGUGGUUAUGGGGUUAGACUACUGCUCAGAAGGUUGUGAGUUCGAAACCCAUGUCCAUCAAGAUGCCACUACAAGGCUUUUAAGACCAUUAUGUCAUAAAUGUAAUUGUAACAUAACAUCUGGUUUAAUCAGAAUCAAAUAACUGACAACUUCGAUUUGAGAAGCAAAGCUUUUACCACAAAUCUAUUAAAUCUCACACAGAGCUGCUAUGCUCAUAGCACCUACUUCUUAAAAAAAAAAAAAAAAAAAAACACAAACCCUCAGAAAAUAUUUUGAUUUCCAGUGAAACCUCUAAAUGAGAUAUUUGAAUUCAAAUAAUUGAAAUUGAACUGCAAUACACACACACACCACACAUUGCAUUAAGCAAUAGGAGACACUCCUGGUAAAGACCCAUAUCUGCACUAAAGUGUGUUUCGGAUGAUAAGAAACUAAAUUUGUUUACUUCAAAGCCAGCUCAUCUGCUACUCAUUAGAAACAGAAAUACCAUCUUAAAGCAUUUCUGGGUAAAUACUGUGGGCAGGAAUACACCGUAAACAGGAUGUGUUAUUAGUCUGCACAGAGAAACAAACCACAUUCACAUGAAUAUGGGUUUUGAGAAAUGGUAUAUAUCAUGUUAAAAUGUUAUAUAAAUCUAAUUCAGAGCAGCUGUAGACACAUCUGUAUUGUACAUGUGCUUCUGUAAGAUUUUUUCCAAUGAGAUUUAGUCCAAACAAAUACUAUCUGGAGGAUUAUGAUAAGUUGAUGUUUUUAAUUUAUUUCCUUAUUUAUUUGCUUUUACUCCCCAUUGGUUUGAGAGCACCAGGUUGUAGAUAAUGGUCAAAGAAAGAGCAUUUAUUCAUGAUUUUGGGUGAAAGUAUGAAAUGAUUUUAUAACUUAUGAAUUUUUAUACUAGACUUUUGAACAAAUCAAUGAAAUUUAAAAUUUGUAAAUUAGCUGAUGUUUUUUCAUACAGUUCUUCUUUCAUGCUUCUACGCAACUCUCAAUGACAGCUGUCACUGAUACACUUUUUUUUACGGCCACAAUAUCUGUACAGAUAAAUAUAUGUAAAAGUGAAAAUGAAAGACAUUAAAAAAGUAAGAAACAAAUCAA